AUGUCAGAUUCAUCACCAGCUAUGGAAGUCGAAGCGACACCAGAAGGAUCCGCCAAACAUGAUCAAGUUGACCGGGAUGAUGAUGUAGAUAUGGACCGUGAAUCCAAGCGGAUCAAAAUAGAGGCAGAUGACAGUCAAGAGACGGCUCCCACUGCGAAUGGAGAUGUAUCAACAGCAGAACGGGAAGAUGAACAAGUAACUGGUCCGGAUCAGAGCGUUGAACACCCUUCACAGAUCCAAGACGAUGAAGACGAAGUGCCCAUUAAAAAAGAAAAGCCGGCAGUUAUUGAGGAGCGCCAAGGCUUGAUUGAAUUCAGAGUGUUUACGAACGAUGGUACCAGGGAAUCGAUGAUUCUGUUGACAGGCAUGAAAAACUUGUUCCAGAAGCAACUACCUAAAAUGCCUAGAGAGUAUAUUGCAAGACUUGUAUACGAUAGGAGCCACUAUAGUAUGGCCAUCGUUAAGGCGCCUUUGAUUGUCUUGGGAGGGAUCACGUACCGGCCUUUCAAUCAUCGAAAAUUCGCAGAGAUUGUGUUUUGUGCCAUCACGUCAACAGAGCAAGUAAAAGGAUAUGGUUCCCAUCUCAUGAACCAUCUCAAAGAUUACAUCUCUGAAAAUACGGAUGUGCGGCACUUUCUAACAUAUGCAGAUAACUACGCCAUUGGAUAUUUCAAGAAGCAGGGCUUUACUAAAGAGAUCACGCUAGACCGGUCAAUAUGGAUGGGCUAUAUUAAGGACUACGAAGGCGGAACAAUCAUGCAAUGUACAAUGGUUCCAAGAGUCAAAUAUCUUGAGGGCAAUGCAAUUUUGCAAGCUCAACGGAAGGCCGUUAUUACUAAGAUCAAAGAAGUGUCCAAGUCGCACAUUAUAUAUCCAGGGCUUCAGGACUUUAAGAAUGGAUCGACGGAAGUGGAUCCAAUGACAGUUCCUGGAAUCAAGGAAUCUGGAUGGGAUCCACUCAUGGACAUCACGCCUCGUGUGCCUGUACAUGGACCUUAUUACCAUGCGAUGAAGCAUAUCGUGGCAGAACUCAUCAAAGACGCCUCUUCAUGGCCUUUUCUACACCCUGUCGAUGUGGAGUCAGUUACCGAUUACUAUUCUUAUAUCAAGGACCCCAUGGAUCUCUCAACUUUAGAGUCUAAUGUAGAUGCAGAUGUGUAUGAGACGUUAGACGACUUUGCAAAAGACUGCAAAAAAAUUUUCGACAACUGUCGAACGUACAACGGUGAAUCAACGCCUUAUGUGAAAUGCGCGAACAAGCUGGAGAAAGUAUUCAAAGACAAGCUAAAGGAAUGGAAAGAGGCAUAG